AUGUCCCAUCGCAAUUUACCAAGCUCCGCUCACACAGAUGCGCUAGAUCCCUUUGGAAUGGAUUCCCGCCAACUUAGCACCCACCACGCCGAACUUACGCGACCACGGUCACGGCGUGCGUGCGACGAAUGCCGAAAGCGGAAGCGAAAAUGCGAUAGCGAAUUACCUUGCUCGACCUGCACCCGCUAUGAAUACACGUGUCGAUAUGAACAUGGCAGGUCGCAUAGAGGUACUCGAGCUGCGCACACUACCUCACAGAUGACGCCUAGAGAACACCCAACGUCAACGCCUGAACAUGUUUCCACUAAUACUCCAGUCCCGACGGGAGGCCUUGAACAACGGGCGAGCUUUCUGGAGCGCGAGAAAGGAAGGUUUCUGAGCCAUGCCUCAUCUAUUACUCAAGCAAGGUCUUUGGGAUUAGGACUUGAAUUGCCUGACCCUCCUCGCCUUCAUUCAUUUGGGUAUCAUACUGGCAUUCGGAAAGAACCCGAGAGUUCCUUGUCAAUUCGGCUUCCACAUCUUCUGUCCUGGGAUCAAGCAAGCAGCUGUAUUGACAUGUUUACAUCCGUCAUUCAUCCAAUUUUUGGCUUUAUGAAAAUGGAAUCCAUCUUUGAAAGGGCCCAGCGACACUGGCAGGGCCGACUCGAGGGACAUCCUUUCGAGGCAGUGAUUACUGGUGUUGUUGCAUUAGGAUCUUUAUUUUCCAAUUAUCUCGAUCAGGAAAAGGAGUUAGAGAUUGUACUUCAUGCAAAGACUCUGCUUGAUGACCCUGUUAUCAGCCGUCGCCCCUCGCAGGACCUAGUCAUGGCCUGGAUUUUAAGAACCAUUUACUCCCGCGCAACUGGUCGACCCAAUGUAGCGUGGCUUCAAAGCACCACCACUUUACAUUUGAUUGAGAUCACCGGGAUACACUAUGAUGAAGCACCAGUAGCCUCUUCCGUAGAGGGCAUCAGUACAUCAACCCGCGACGACUCGGAUAUACGCGCACGAAUCACUUUGGUUGCACAAAGCCUUCACAUCAUGAUUGCGUAUGACUUUGGAAAGAGUAUAAUAUACCUUGAUCCUGCUGUAUAUCAUCAUAUCCGACCGCGUCAGGGUGAUUUCACACUGCAACUAUCUGAGCUUACCAACAAAGUCCCCACUCUAGCGGCUCACGCAGACCCUAUGAUCAACCAGGCCCAGCUUUUGCAGGCCAUGGAGCACUUAAUGGCAGCAGCAGUAGAUCAUGAUUUUCUACUGCUUGCGAGGGCGGAGCUAUGUUUCGCCAUUCACCGUCGUCUUAAUAUUCUGGGCCUUGGUCUUACUAGACAACAGACCAAGCUCAUAGUUGAAGCAGGUACUGCGGCUCUACCUGCAGCUCGACGUCUGUCGGCUCAGCUCUACCCAUGGUGGAAUGUUACGAAUGUACUAUUUCAGUUUGUAUGCGUUUGUCUCUCAAUUGGUACUACAGAGACGCUUGCGCAUAUCCAACCAACACUCGAAACUUUCCGGUCUGUUAUUCAGCAUUUCAACACCCAUCUUACCCAGGAGGCCUUUAACACAUUGAUACUAUUAACUGGUGCAUGCCAGGGGGAAAAGGAGAAACAAGUAAAACUUCUUCAGCUAGCAAAGGGAAUGCGAUUAGGAACUGAUACUUCGUUUCAAGGCCAGGGUGAUUUGGCGAUGAUUGAUCCACAAGGAACGUCUCUCUUCGAAUUUUACCACGAGUCAUCAUUCGUUGAUCUGCAAACAAUAUUCAAUAUCUAA